AUGCUUGAAAAACUCUCAUCACCACUGAGCACUGAUGUAACAUCCUCGGUGACAUUAUUUGAGAUAGGGAAGCACUUUUCAAAUUCGCUACAAACAAACAACAGCGUCGAAACCAUACUUAAUUCGACCAUUACAAAUAGUACUGAAAUCUUUAAUUCCUUUCAAUAUGUUUCUUUUGGAUGUAAUUUUCCUUUCAUUUUGAUUUACCCAAUUCUAGCUGUUGUGUGUUUGUUUAUUUUAAAAUCCGAGCACAAAGAGAUGAAUCGAAAUCAGAAACAACUCUUUCUCUUUUUGAGCUCACUUUGUGUUGUUGCAACAUGGAGCAUGAUGACACGUUUGGGAGCCGAAUUUAGUUCUUUGAGCUCGUCAGUAAUAACAGCCAAUAUCGUGUAUGGAGUGCUGAAAGGAGUUGAUAGAAGUAUCACAGGCUGGGUCACGUUUGUCGAAUUUUUCUUAAUUUCCAACAUUGCCAUGGUAUUUGUUCGAUCUUCAAAGGAUAUUGGAGCCAUCUCAGAGAAGAGAUUUAAAAUUGCAAGAUAUUGUAUCGUGGGAUUUCAAAUUCUCGUCAUUGUCAUGACCACUCUGAUGGCUCUUCUGUUAUUGGUUAUGGGAAUUUUGAAAGCAGUGUUUGGAGACACGAAACUGUUUCAAUCUUUCGAAUUGGCCAUAUUCAUCUUUUCGACCUUACUAUUCAUGUUUGAGACAACUCUACUGUUUCGCAUCUUGUUUAUCAAUGCUGCAACAAUGAUGAAAGCCUUAAAAGCAGGUGAAGGACGAGCACGUCGAAUGAGUGUUCAUAAUUAUUUCAACAAUCCUAAUAAUCAUGAAAAUAUGAAUCCACAGAUUGUGAAUUCGUGUGAAAUUACGAGUUCUCCACAAACUCCUGCAUCUGACAUCACGUCAGAAAUCUUUCCUCAGCAAGAACAUCAGCAACAACGAGAUGAUCACGCUGAACAAGUCUACACGGGAGAGCAAUUGAAAAUUAUUCAAAUGAAACAACAUGCAUUGAAGAAGGUCAUUCAAAUCUUGAUGGCCAUUUCAGUCUCUAUGGGAUGUCAAUUUGUGGCAGUUUCAUGCAUUCCACUGUAUUUCUUGAACAAGUAUGUGGCGUUAGGAUUUUAUGCUUUGCAUAAUUCAACCAUUGCGGCAUUAGUGAUCAUGUUCUUGAUGACGCAUCGAAGAGUGGAGGAAAUGCAGAAAUUGUUUGUGGCAAGCGGAAAGAAAUGGUUUGGCAGAAAGCGAGGAUCCACGAUGGUGGUGAUGAAUUGGAAGAGGCAGCAAGAGCAACCACAUGCAAGCCAUGAGACGAGUGUUGUUAAGGGAGAAACUAGCAUGCAAGAGAAUCAAGUGGUGCCUGUGACACACGGAGAGGAUGAGAUCCAUACGGUGAAUAGGGUGUAA